GUCAAAUUGUCCUUGUAUUCAGUGCAGAGAUUCAUUUCAGGAAUUGUACGAAGAGAAAUUGGUUCAGCAGGAAGUCGGCUGGUUCGGUGGCGGAGUUGUAUUAAUAAGUUAGUACACUGCACUGUGGAAGUGUACUGGAUAAAUGUUCAGUCGCCAAAAUCCUAGCUGUACGGCAAGAUAAAACAGAAGCACUCCCAACUUCUACCUCAAUCUUCUCGUGCUAGAAGGCUCCGGUUUGGCACCUUCAUCACUACAUCACUCAUAGCAUCAAGGGGCAUAGGGUUUUGGUCAAGCAGUCAGCCAGAUACUAAAGACUCCACAAUGGCCGACGACAAGGACCCCAAGUCGCUCUCGGACGCCGAGAUAGUGGAGGAGGCAGACCGUCUGUACAACGAACACCAGCCGCUGGAGCUGCACGCCUUCCUGAUCCAGUACAAGGACUCCCGCAACGAGGAGGUACUGUGGCGGCUGUGCAGGGCCAUACGGGACGUGGCUCAGAUGAAUAUCACCAAGGCCGAACGCAAGAAAGAACUGACCUACGAGGCGUUUGAGUAUGCCAAGAGAUGCCUGGAGAUCAACGACAAGAACUUUGCCUCGCAUAAGUGGUAUGCUAUAUGCAUCAGUGAAGUUGGCGACUAUGAAGAAACAAAGAAGAAAGUGGCCAAUGCUUACAUCAUCAGGGACCAUUUUCAGAAAGCCAUUGAUAUCAAUCCAAAGGAUGCUACUUGCUAUCAUCUCAUGGGGCUAUGGUGUUUCACGUUUGCCGACAUGGCGUGGUACCAGCGCAAGAUUGCAGCUGUCGUUUUUGGCAGUCCGCCAACCUCAACCUACCAAGAGGCACUUGACAAUUUCAAGAAAGCCGAAGAGAUCAGUCCUGGUUUCUACAGCAAGAACCUGCUGAUGCUGGGCACAACUUACCUUAAAAUGGGAAACAAGGAAGACGCCAUAACCUUCCUGACCAAAGCCAAGGAAUACGACGUCAAGAAAGACGAAGAUAAAGAGGUCGUGAAAAAAGCGUCGGGUCAUCUAAAAGGCCUUGGAGUAACAGUGUAGGCCAGCAAUUGAAGGAAAUAUGACAAUAUCUUUAGAAGGCAAUAAAAAAGUCUCCGGUUUCUGGUCUCCGCGCGCAUCGCCGUAGCCAUGCGUGUCGGCAAUUUUUUGUUUUGAAAUGUU